AUGCGCCGCGCGGUGACGUCCGAGGUGCCCGCGCUCGCGACGGCGGCGGAGUACUUCUUCAAGGUGGGCGCGGAGGGAAAACGCAUGCGGCCGACCGUUUUGCUUCUGAUGGCGUCCGCGCUCACGAACGAGCCCGGGGACGUGAGGCGACGGCAGCAGCGGUUGGCGGAGAUCACGGAGCUGAUUCACGUCGCGUCGCUGCUGCACGACGACGUUUUGGACCACGCGGCGACGCGACGGGGGUUGCGGGCGCUGAACUUGGAGGUUGGGAACAAGCUCGCCAUCUUAGCCGGGGAUUUUCUUCUCGCGAGGGCGUCCGUCACGCUCGCGAGCUUGCGAAACACGGAGGUGAUCGCGCUGUUGUCGCGCGUUUUGGAGCACCUCGUCACCGGCGAAGUGAUGCAGAUGACUGCGAAAGCGGACCGUCUGACGUCGUUCGAUCAUUACUUUCAGAAGACGUACUUUAAGACGGCCUCGUUGAUCGCGAACAGCGCGAAGGCCAUCGUGUUGCUCGGAGGGCACGACGUGACGACGGCGGAGAGCGCAUAUCAGUACGGCCGGCACUUAGGCCUGGCGUUUCAGUUCCAAGACGACGUCUUGGACUUCACCGGGACCGGGAGCGUGCUCGGGAAGCCGACGCUGGGGGAUUUGAGAGAGGGGAUCGCGACCGCGCCGGUGUUGUUCGCCGCGGAGGAGCACGAAGGGUUGGGCGCGUUGAUCGAGCGAAGGUUCAAAAACGUCGGGGACGUGGAGACCGCGCACGACUGGGUGAAACGCAGUAAAGGGAUCGAGCGCACGAAGGCGCUCGCGAGGGAGCACAGCGCGGAGGCGGUGAGGGCGAUCGAGUCGCUGCCGCCGAUAGACUGCCCGCACGCGAUGCGGUGCCGGAAAGGGCUGAAGGAGCUCGCGUACAUGGCGGUCAAUCGCAUCAAGUGA